GGAAAAAAUGAAAAUAGAAAAAGAUAGGAAUGAUAGGACCACGUCAUGCUACAGAUAUCCGACGGCUCCAGACCACCAGCCUCCCACCUCGCCUAAUGGCCACAAAAAUGCCGCCACAAAAACAAAGUCUGGUGCAUAAUAGCCAUCCAGAGCCCGCAAUUUCUACAGUACGCCAGGAGUGCCAACUCAACUCCAGAACCGUCCGUUGCUCUUGGUCACACACCUUCACGCUUUCUUUCUCUUCCGUAGCAAAAUUCACAUUUUCCACUGAUAAUUACAUGACCUCAGAUAAACUCAUUUCUUUUGAAAUUUGAAUUUGAGUUUUCCGUAAUUGUAAUGGCUUGCCUUCAGCUGUUAAAGUCAACUCCAUCAAAUACACACUCCAAAAUCGGCUGCUUCUGCGCGGAUUUCAGUUUGCAGAAAAGAAGAAUUAGGCUUCGGAAUUCAGGAAUCGCAUAUAAUUACAGGAGAUUUAGGCUUAGUUGUAAAGUAGAAGACGAUGAUAAACAAAGUAACGGUGAAGAACCUCCAGAGUCUUUAUUUAUGAAGGAACUAAGAAGAAGAGGGAUGACUCCCACUUCUUUGCUUGAGGAAAAGAAUAGAGGUGUUGAGAGAGGGGAGGAGAUAAAGUUAGGGAAGAAGACUGGGGGUUGGGGUUACUCAAGAAGAAAUGGCAUUACAACUGGUGCUGAAACAAACCUGACCGGUCAAAGGGAAAAGUCCAUGGCACUUAAUAGCGAAGGUCUUGAGGGCUUGAUCCCACGUGGCAAACUUCUGCUUACCCUGGGAGGAACAUUUUUUUUGGCGUUUUGGCCAUUGAUUCUUGUAACUGUUGCACUUUUCUGUGCGCUCUAUCUGUACUUUGGAACAGAAUUUGUUCAUGAUGGAAGUGAUCAUCCGAUAGCUCCGCCACCAUACGUUGAUCCUUAUGAAUUACUCGAAGAGGAGAGGAUAUAUAAGACCGCUCCCCCUCUAAAUUGAAGGAGUAGGAGCGUCGGUGUAUAUCUGCAUUUCCACUUCAUCAAAGAUUGGGUUUACCCUCUCUCUCUCUCUCUCUCUCUCUCUCUCUCUCUCUCCCUCUCCCUCUCUCUCUCUCUCUCCUUCUUUGCUGUCUGUAAAUCUCCGAUGCAUCUCGCCUAUAAUUUUGUUUACCUCAUAACUUAAAUAUGUAAAAGCAUUACUCUCUCAUGUCGGACUUAAUAUAAAAUGUUAUUCUGGUA